AUGAGAUGAAUCGACCCCUGCCUUGCUAAAUAUACCUCAGCCUUUAAGGAUUAUCCGUUAAACGACAAGGGUUCAGUAUCGCUCAAUACAUAUUUACAUACAUUUAAUAAGAAAUCCAAUUGCUAUCCUGCACUCCAAUAGAAUGAAUUCAACCUUUUUUGAAAAGGUCCUUUGUUUGAAGCCCGGAAUUUCUUCAACCCUUUCACACUGUGAGUGAAAAGCAGGCCAAUAAAUACUUGUACUUCAGUAGUAGUACAUCUACGUCCAACGUUCUAGCAACUAAUUGCAAGUUUUGACGGAGGAAAUCUAGCUUAGAAAGCAUAUUUACACGUACUGAAGCAGCAAUUAUGGCAGUGGACGACAAUCCUCCUCAACUGGUUACAUCUCUACCCGAGAUUAUCGGAAAAAUUACCUCCUUUCUUCCCAUCUCUGACUUGCUCACGUGCACUAAAGUCAAUGCGGGAUGGGAGCGGGAAGCAAGAAAUCAUAUCCGGGCGCGUUCCGUGUUUAGUGGGCGUUUUUUAGGCUACUAUGAAAGCUAUGGAGAAGUAAUGUCCGUCCGAACGAGCUACUACGAGACGAUGCGAAUAAAUUGGGAAUACAACCAGGAACUGGACGACUUUCUCCCCAGGUUCAAAAAUCUUGCUGAGCAAUGUACCGGCAAAGUGAGACAUUUAACUCUGAGCGUUUUCCUGGAUGGUGGAAAACGGCCGAUGGAAUUUUUUAGAAUUAUCAAGCUCUUCGGAAAUCAUUUGACGUCUCUACAGUUUACCUUCUUCACCAAGUUGGAUGUGUUCUAUGAUCGGCAGAAUACAUACGAUACUGAGGAUGCAUCCGCUUUUCUGGCAGACUUCAACCCCGGCAAAGAUUUGAUUUUCCCCUUCAUCACAAAACUCUCCUUGUACACAUUUAAUAUUGCAAACACUGCGAUACAUCCCAUAAUUUUGGCUAAAAUUGCACCCCUAUUCCCCGCCGUGACCCACAUCGGGUUUUCAUUCCCGCGGUUGGAAGUAUUUGAAUUUUUGUUUCGUACAAACCCCACGCUAUUUCCUAAGUUGACAUCUUUAGCCGACAAAAAUCCAUACAAAUGUCCCGACGUGGUGGAUGAUCGAGCAUUUAUGACGAAUCAGCUAUCAUGGUACUUUUCUCCGCAAAUCAGCCGCCUUGAGUUUGACAUGUCCAACCAUGAGCCAACUUGUGGGACAAGUUUGAUGAAAAUUUUUGCACCUUUGUUGCAACGUUUGCACAUCGAAAUUUCCAAUCAGCGGAUUGGGCAGCAAGAAAACAGCACUGUUCUCUACGUGCCAAUCAUGCCAAGGCUGCAGGUUUUCAAAAUCAGACGAUACGCAUUUGGGUGCUCUACUGAAUUCAACAGGUGCGAGGUUGGGGUAAAAUUCGAAACUGAGGAUCCCGCCAAUAACGUUAUGCUAAACUAUGCGAAACAGUUCCCAGUUUUGGCAGUACUUUCGGUUAAAUACCUGAAUCGUAAGGACGAGGACACAGAGGUAGAGCGGGCUAUGCAUUUUGAAUCUACGGUAAAAUUUUUGUAUGAUUCUUUUACCCCUGGGGGAGAUGGGGUAAGGUGCGAAACGCUGCGUGACUUGGAUGUCCCGCUGCCCCCGAUGGAAAUGUUCAGGUUGAGAGGUGUAAAAGCUGAGAAUAUUUGCCAAAAUAGGAUCUGUAAGUGUUAUGGGUGGCAGAGUUCGACCAAAUUUUUGGACCGGAUUUCUGGAACUUUUCCAAAUUUGCGGUAUCAUGUGUUUGAUGAAAUUAGGAGUAAGGUGGUAAAGGGGUGGAUUCAGGUGGGGUUGGAUUUGGGCGUGUUGAAGAAACCGGGUAAUGGAGAGGGUGAAAUUCGGCUAAAUAUUGGGGGAGUGAGAAAGUGGUUGAAUGAGUUUUGAGAUGGAUUCUUUGUAACUGUUGCUUAUUUCAAUCAAUCAAUCAAUUUAUUAAAUGACACAUGGCCUGUGGCCCUCAUCAUACAUAGAAACUGUUGCUUAUUUAGUGGUUGAUAUCCUUAAUUCGUAUUUGAAAUGGACGAAAAUCUUUUGAAUUAUGUAUGUAUAUAAUAUGUAAGUUUGUGCUAAAAUCCUGCGUAUUUUUAUGCACAUGUUAGUAUGCAUAAGUAACAAUUUAACAAAAAUUUUAAGAAUAUUAGAAUUGGCCAAUAUUAAAAAAAACAGUUAUUGAACUUAAUUGCGAACACAUGUUAUCGAUAAAUGACCAUGAGUACUAAAACAAUUAUUUGGGAGUAAUGGGUACAAUUAAAUAAUUUUAAUAAAUAAUGAAG